AUGACGAACGAAAACGAGUGCAACGAUAACUAUGAUUAUGAUACCAAACAUUUAAUAAGUGAUGACGAAGAAAAUUCUGGUGCAGGAUGUGCGAUGGAUUCGAAUGGUUUGACGUCUAGUAUAGACGACAUUGUUGACAAUUUAAAAGUUGGACUAUUUCAUUAUUUAAUGGUAUUAUCGUGCGGUCUAUGUUUUGCUGGAUAUAACAUAUAUUACCAAGCCAUUGGUUUUAUUAUUAUUUCGGCGUGUGAUUUAGAUAUUGAUGCAAGUAACAAGGGAUGGCUAAGUUUAUCACUGAUGAUUGGUUUUACUCUUGGGGUUGGCGUACUUGGUAGAAUGGCUGAUGCUUAUGGUAGACGAAAAAUUUUUAUUUUUUCUGUGACGAUAAAUUUAAUGUCGAUGUUUGCAUCAGUAUUUGCUUAUAACUAUAAUAUGUUAGUGGUUAUGGCUGCAAUAAUUGGAUGUUCACACAGCGGUCUAGCAGUAACCAUCCAUACUUACGUUAUAGAAUUUUUCCCUCGACGUCAGAGAGGAUUAGCUGCUGGAAGCAUGGUUGCAUUCUUAAUCUUAGGAAGUUUGUUUAGCUCGACUGUUGCCUUAAUUACUUUACCUCAUCCAUUUUAUAAACGCAUAGGUGGUAUCAAUUUUUCAAGUUGGCGACUAUAUCUUCUUAUUGAUAUCAUACCCAUACUAAUUGGAUAUUGCAUUCUGCUUUUCAUGCCAGAUAGUUUACGAUUUGCGUUAGUAAAGUCCGAAAAGAAAAGCAUAAAGCUUGUGCUAGAUAAAAUUGAUCGAAUUAAUUCAUUUUGUAAAUGUAGUAAUGAUAAAGAUAAGCAAUAUCAGUUGCUUUCGAUACCAGAUCAUGUUAGCCUAGGCGAUAGCAAGGAGCACACAAACAAGAAUCGAUUCCAAAAUGAAAUAGAACACUUUCGCUUGUUCACUAAAAGGCCAUGGCUUCAACGAUUGUUAUUUUUAUCGGUCGGAUGGUUCGGAAAUUGUUUCAGUGAUCAGGGGUUUUCCAUAUGGCUUCCAACUGUCGUUUCUUAUUAUACAAGUGGUAAAACAUGUUGGCAUAACAAUCACGAAAUGCUUAAUUCAUCAUGGGAAGCAAAUCAUCCUAUACUUCCUGAUGUGUCCUUUUGUCAAACUGGUGAGAGCUUAAAAAAAGUUAUUACGGAUAUCCUAAUUGGAAAUUUGUUUUCUAUACCUGUAGCUAUUAUAUGCUUACUAUUGGUGAAUCGUGCCGGUCGAAAAUGGCUUUACUGCCCAAUGAUAACCAUUUGUGGAUUGAGCAUUUUAUUAAUGCUGCUAAUAGAUAAUGAACUAAGUGUAUUGAUAUUGGGAUGCUUAUUUACAUCGAUCAGUAACAACGUAUGGAUAGCUUAUAAAACUUGGAGUUCAGAGUUAUUCCCUACUACGGUUCGAUCAACCGCUAUUGGUAUUUUAAACUUAAUAGGACAUACGGGAUCAAUAUUAGGCAUGACAAUCUUUGCUUUACUAUUUUAUAAGAGUUGUACAGCAACUUUAAUAAUUUUUUCAUUUCUGGGUCUAUUAAGCGGGUUUGCAGCAUUAUUUCUGUCUGAUACAACUAAUGUUGAUAUCAGUUAA